UUAUAAGUAUCGGUUGCAGGCGGCAGUUUGAAAUACUUUUGCUAUCAAACACGUUGAGUUUUCAUAUAUUAAGACCUUAAUUAAAAAUUCCUAGCGGGAACAGCGUAAUUAAAAUUUCUUAUGCAGUUUAGCAUUAAUUAUGGAAGAGAACGGUAAAAGAUUUCAAGUAAUUUGCCAAAAAGCCAAAGAGCUCUUCAGUAAAACUUUAGAUUUCUUCACAAAAUUUACAAAGAAUAAGGAUGGUGAACAGGCAGUUCUUUCAGCAAAUGAGACCACAAUUCAAAACGAUACAUCAAACGAGGAACAAAAGUCUCUCUUAACUACAGGAGCAUCAUUCAGGAGUGAAUUUCAAAAGUCGUUCGAACAGAGGAUCCUUGCAACGAGGAGGAAAGAUGACAAAUAUGGAAGUAUAGCAGUAGCAUUGCUCUGUCUGGCUACAAGAGCAGCAGGGUUACUUUUAUGUAUUAUAUAUUUGACAUCACCAAAGACUUUUUCUCAAACAAAUUUAAAGAAUAUUCAUUUAAAAGUUAUAAAGUUUGUUGUACUAAUGUGUACUGCGGAAUGUUCCAUUGUAUUUAUUGUCAGCCUUUUAUUAAUAUGUGGCAUUUUGAUGAAAAAGAAAUACUUAUUAAUUCCAUGGUUAACUUGGACCUUUUUGGAAACAGCCUGCUGCUUACUCGCUAUAAUACCUCUCAUGAUAUUUGCAGUUAAAGGAUUACCAUGGUAUCCUGUUGUCAUUUGGGUAUGUUUCGUAGUCCCUCUCAUAUCCUUGCACAGAUCGUGUGCAAGCUUCGUUGCCAGCCAUUAUUAUACCUUAUCUGAAAGGAGGCAUCUACCGUUAAGUGAUAUUAUAAUCGGAAAAUACGGAUCUUUAGUCUUGACUGAUACAUAG